CGCCCUUUCCUAAGAUGGCGCAGGCGGAAGGGGCCGCUCACCGCUCGCUGGCGACGUCGCGGCUGGAGUUGAACCUGGUGCGGUUGCUGUGUCGCUGCGAAUCGAUGGCGGCAGAAAAGCGGGGACCGAACGAGUGGCGUCUGGAGAAGUACGUGGGAGCCCUGGAGGACAUGCUGCAGGCCCUGAAGGUGCAGGCCAGCAGGCCCGCCUCCGAGGUCAUCGGCGAGUACUCCCGCAAGGUGGACUUCCUGAAGGGUCUGCUGCGGGCCGAGCGGCUGCCCUCCUCCUCUGAGAAGGCCCUGGCUAACCAGUUCCUGGCCCCCGGCCGCGUGCCCACCACAGCUGCGGAGCGCGUGCCCGCCACCAAGACCGUCCAUUUGCAGUCCCGGGCGCGCUACACCAGUGAGAUGCGGAGCGAGCUGCUGGGCACGGACUCGUCUGGAGAGCUAGAGAUGGACGUGAGGAAGCGCACAGCAAAUGGGUCCAGACCCGCAGAUGAGAAGCACUCGGCGUCCGAGCUCGACCUCGUGCUCCAGAGGCACCAGGGCCUCCAGGAGAAGCUGGCGGAGGAGAUGCUGGGCCUGGCGCGCAGCCUCAAGACCCACACACUGGCCGCCCAGAGCGUCAUCAAGAAGGACAACCAGACCCUGUCACACUCCCUCAAGAUGGCUGACCAGAACCUGGAGAAGCUGAAGGUGGAGUCGGAGCGGCUGGAGCAGCACGCGCAGAAGUCGGUGAACUGGCUGCUGUGGGCCAUGCUCAUCGUCGUCUGCUUCGUGUUCAUCAGCAUGAUCCUGUUCAUCAGAAUCGUGCCCAGGCUGAAGUAAAGUCACCGCCCUCGCGCCCUCAGCGCUGCUGGAGUGGCGUCGCCAGCACAGUGCGGCCCCAACCCUGUCCUCCAAAACGGCAAAGAAAGGCUUGUGCGACAGUUCACCCAGUGAAGGCGCUGCCGCAGCCCGAGUGCCCUCGGGAACACACUGGAAGGAGCUCACACAAACGAAAUACAUAAUAAUAAAUACGAAACUCAAGUUCCAGGGAAUCAGA